AAAGAGGCGUCGAACCGAGCGGUUUAUAAUCCGAAAGUCGCUUGAAGAGCCGAAACAUAUACAAUCGCGUGUGCUCGCUCUCGCUCUUACUCUCUCUCUGGGAUCGCCAAGCUCAACACGUGGGCGAGCGUUAAUAAAGUAAUAUUAUUGCUUGGAAAACGUGAUUAGCGUAGUUCUUGUUGCUUUUAAAGUGCCAAAAAUAUGUCGCAUCGCGUUCUGAUAAUUGGCAGCGGCGGUCGGGAGCACGCGAUUUGCUGGAAACUAUCGCAAUCCCCGAAAGUGUCCAAAAUAUACGCAUUGCCCGGAAGCCAUGGCAUUCAACAGGUGGCGAAGUGCCAGAAUCUGGAGGCCCAGACAUUGGAUCCUAAGGAUUUCGAGGCCAUUGCCAAAUGGAGUAAGGAAAACCAGAUAAACCUAGUGGUCGUGGGACCCGAAGAUCCCUUGGCCUUGGGACUGGGCGAUGUGCUGCAGAAGGAGGGAAUCGCCUGCUUUGGACCCGGCAAGCAGGGUGCCCAAAUCGAGGCGGACAAAAAGUGGGCCAAGGACUUUAUGCUGCGCCAUGGCAUUCCAACGGCGCGUUACGAGAGCUUCACGGACACGGAAAAGGCUAAAACCUUCAUUAAAAGUGCUCCAUAUCCAGCUCUGGUGGUCAAGGCUGCUGGACUGGCAGCUGGUAAAGGCGUGGUGGUGGCCGCCAAUGUAGAGGAAGCCUGCCAGGCGGUGGACGAGAUCCUGGGACAGCUGAAGUACGGACAGGCGGGGGCCACUCUGGUGGUGGAGGAGCUGCUGGAGGGCGAAGAGGUCUCCGUGUUGGCCUUCACCGAUGGCAAGAGUGUGCGGGCCAUGCUGCCGGCGCAGGAUCACAAGCGUUUGGGCAACGGCGAUUCGGGUCCGAAUACCGGAGGCAUGGGCGCCUACUGCCCCUGUCCACUGAUCAGCCAGCCAGCCCUGGAACUGGUCCAAAAAGCCGUGCUGGAGAGGGCAGUGCAGGGUCUGAUCAAGGAGCGUAUCACCUACCAGGGUGUCCUCUAUGCGGGUCUCAUGCUUACACGCGAUGGUCCUCGCGUCCUGGAGUUCAACUGCCGCUUCGGAGAUCCCGAAACCCAGGUGAUACUGCCGCUGCUCGAAAGCGAUCUCUUCGAGGUGAUGCAGGCCUGUUGCAGCGGACAGCUGGACAAGAUCGCACUGCAGUGGCGCCAGGGAGUCAGUGCCGUGGGUGUGAUCCUAGCCAGCGCUGGCUAUCCAGAGACCUCCACCAAGGGAUGCCUCAUUACGGGACUUCCGGCUGAAAAUUCACCCACUCAAUUGGUUUUCCACAGCGGCCUGGCCGUGAAUCAAAAAAAGGAAGCCCUCACCAACGGCGGUCGGGUGCUCAUCGCAAUUGCUCUGGACGUCAGCUUGAAGGAGGCCGCCGCCAAGGCCACCAAAUUAGCUGGCAGCAUCACUUUUUCCGGCUCGGGAGCUCAGUACAGAACGGACAUCGCCCAGAAGGCAUUCAAAAUAGCUGCAUCCCCGGGGUUGAGUUACAAGGAUAGUGGAGUGGAUAUCGAUGCUGGCGAUGCUCUCGUGCAGCGCAUCAAGCCCUUGUCCCGUGGCACCCAGCGACCGGGCGUCCUAGGUGGUUUGGGUGGGUUCGGUGGACUGUUCCGUCUGAAGGAGCUCAACUACAAGGAGCCAGUUAUUGCGGAGGCCACUCAGGGAGUGGGGGCCAAGAUCCAUCUCGCUUUGGAGCACGAACUGUACGAGAAUGUUGGCUACGACCUCUUCGCCCUGGCGGCCAACGAUCUCCUGGAACUUGGAGCCGAACCAGUGGCUUUUCUGGACUACAUUGCCUGUGGCAAGUUGCACGUCCCGUUGGCCGCCCAGUUGGUCAAGGGAAUGGCCGAUGGCUGCCGAGAUGCCCGGUGCGCUUUAGUGGGUGGCGAAACUGCCGAGAUGCCCUCUCUAUAUGCACCCGGUCAACAUGACAUGGCUGGCUAUUGCGUGGGAAUCGUGGAGCAGUCUCGGCUCCUGCCCCGCUUCGAUCUUUACCAGCCGGGUGAUCUGCUCGUGGGUCUGCCAUCGUCUGGACUCCAUUGCGCCGGCUUCAAUGAGAUACUCACCCAGUUGGCCGCCGCCAAAGUAAAUCUCAAGCAGUGUUCUCCUGUCGAUGGUGGCGAGGAUGGUCUGUCCUUGGCCCAUGUCCUGGCCACGCCCACUCGUCUGUAUGUCCAGCAGCUGCUGCCGCAUCUUCAGAGGGGCGAAGAGAUCAAGUCGGUGGUUCAUGUUACACAUGGAUUGUUAAACGAUGUCCGUCGCCUUCUGCCUGAAGGAUUCGAGACGACGCUGGAUUUCGGUGCAGUGCCAGUGCCCAAAAUAUUUGGCUGGCUGGCAGGAAAGCUAAAGCUGAGUGCUCAGAGUCUCCUGGAGCGGCACAACUGUGGCAUUGGCAUGGUGUUGAUUCUUCCCCAGUCCAGUCAACUGUGGCGAACAUCCCUGCCGGGUGCCAAAGUGCUGGGUGUCCUGCAGAGGAAAACGAAGGAUAGUGCUUCUCCCGUCGUUCAGGUGCGCAACUUUGUGGAGCAACUGCAGAAGGUUGCCUCCCCAUUCGGUGGUCUUGGUGAACGCGAGUUGCCCGAGGAGCUCAAGGAAUUGCCCAACCAUCUGGAUUUAAAGGCUCCCCGUGAAGAUUCCUUUGAAAACGCAGCUGGACGUCGGCUCACCCGCGUUCCCAGCCACUACAAGGAUCCUAUUCUCAUCCUGGGCACCGAUGGCGUGGGCACCAAGCUGAAAAUAGCGCAGCAAACGAAUCGCAACUCUAGCGUGGGCACCGAUCUGGUGGCCAUGUGCGUCAAUGACAUUCUCUGCAAUGGAGCUGAACCUCUUAGCUUCUCCAGCUACUAUGCCUGCGGCCAAUGGCAGGAGGAGUUGGCCAAGGAGGUCCAUUCCGGUGUCCUGGAGGGAGCACGACAGGCCAACAGCAGUUUCAUUGCUUCGCACAGUGCUGCUCUGCCGCUGUUGUACGGUCCACAGGUCUAUGAUCUGGCUGGCUUCGCCUUGGGCAUAGCAGAACGCUCCGGUAUCCUGCCCCUCUUGGAGGAGGUACAGCCAGGAGAUGUGCUCAUCGGCUUACCUUCAUCGGGUGUCCACAGCAAUGGGUUCAGCUUGGUCCACGCCGUUCUCAAGCGAGUGGGUCUGGGCCUGCAGGACAAGGCGCCCUUCAGCGAGAAGACACUGGGCGAGGAGCUGCUGGUGCCCACCAAGAUCUAUGUGCAGGCAUUGUCCACUUUGCUGUCCCGCGGAAAUCACGGCAUCAAGGCGCUGGCCCACAUCACCGGCGGAGGGCUGAGUGAGAAUAUACCGCGAGUGUUGCGCAAGGAUUUGGCCGUGCGCCUGGAUGCCAACCUAUUCCAGCUGCCGCCCGUUUUUGCCUGGCUGGCAUCGGCCGGAAAUAUCAGUUCCACUGAGCUGCAGCGCACCUACAACUGUGGCUUGGGAAUGAUUCUGGUUGUGGCUCCCACGGAAGUCGAAAGUGUCCUCAAGGAGCUGCGUUAUCCACAACGAGCUGCGGUCGUCGGCGAGGUGUUGGCCCGCAAGGAUCCCAAGAAGCCGCAGGUGGUGGUUCAGAACUUUGAGGCCUCCUUAACCAGAACCCAGAAGAUUCUAUCCGUGCCGCGAAAGCGAGUUGCUGUCCUCAUCUCGGGAACCGGCAGCAAUCUGCAGGCACUGAUAGAUGCCACGCGGGAUUCGGCGCAGGGUAUUCAUGCCGAGAUAGUGCUGGUCAUCAGCAACAAGCCGGGUGUCCUGGGUCUGGAGCGAGCCACCAAAGCUGGUGUACCUUCUUUGGUCAUCUCCCACAAGGAUUUCGCCAGUCGCGAGGUCUACGAUGCGGAACUGAGCCGAAAUUUGAAGGCUGCUCGCGUGGAUUUGAUUUGCCUGGCCGGCUUCAUGCGAGUCCUGAGUGCUCCAUUUGUCCGGGAAUGGCGCGGGCGCCUCGUCAACAUCCAUCCAUCGCUGCUGCCCAAGUAUCCGGGUCUGCAUGUCCAGCGGCAGGCCUUGGAGGCGGGCGAAAAGGAGUCCGGCUGCACCGUUCACUUCGUGGACGAGGGCGUGGACACGGGAGCGAUCCUGGUUCAGGCCGCAGUUCCCAUUUUGCCCGGUGACGAUGAGGACUCGUUGACGCAACGCAUCCACAAGGCGGAGCAUUGGGCUUUUCCCAGGGCUUUGGGGCUUUUGGCCAGCGGAGCAGCUCGACUUGCUCCCGAAGGAAGCCAGUGA